AUGGCGGCGGGAGAUGAUACCACACCGACCGAAACACCGACCGUCACCGUUGCUCAGCUGGAGGCUCUCACAGCUCAGAUGAAGCAGAACGAAGAACGACUUGCGCAAAUCCAGGCGGAGAACGCAACCCUACGAGCAGAAAACGCGUCAUUGGUUCAGGCUCGCAAUAGAUAUCGAGCACCGGUUCCUCCUAUGCAAUCGUUCGACACUCCACCACUUACGGGUGCAACAGGAGCAGCCCUAGGAACAGGAGCUACCGACGCUCGCAAGCAAGCGAUUGGAGGCUAUGGAGCUCUUGCUCGCGCGACUUCCAGGAGUAGCUCCUCCAAUCACCAAAAGUGCUCCUAA